UGUAAGAGACGCAUGAUGCCUACUACUGAAAAUUCAAAACCAGUGUUGAAGGUUACAUAUUUUUUAUACUACUGGUUAAUUGGUCUGUCUUUUGUUGAUCUUCUAUUAUGCGUAUUAAACUACUUCUUUGGAUAUGGACAUGAUUGGUCAGAUUUCAAGGUUUUUGCUCAAUUGGAUUUUUCAUUUAGAUCACUCACUGGGUUUGUGAUUUCUGCUUACUUGCACAUCCAGUUUUCUCAUUCAAGUGAACACAGGUUCCCCAUUCUACUGAGGAUUUGGUGGGCAUUCUAUUUCCUAAUGUCUUGUUCCUAUCUUAUUAUACAUCUUGGUUUGUAUUGGAAACGUUCAUCUUUAUCAUCCCUGCUAUGGGUUUCUGAUGCUAUAUCCAUUAUUGCUGGUUCGUUCAUUUGUUAUGCUGUGUUGUUUGGCAAGGGGCGAGAAGGUGAUGAUUUCCGUCUUUUAGAGCCUCUUUUAAGUGAAAAUAGACAAGGAUCAAGUGUUGGGGAAGAUAGUGUAACUCCUUAUGCAAAUGCCAAUCUUCUUAGUAUUUUUACCUUCUCUUGGAUGAAUCCUUUGCUUGCACUUGGGUAUAAAAAAACAUUAAACCUUGAAGAUGUUCCUCAGCUUGCCAGUUGUGAUAGUGCCAAUGUGGUCUUUGCUCUUUUUAGAAAUGAACUUGAGUCUAAUGGUAAUGGCAGUGGCAAUAGUGGUCAUAUAAGCACAUUCAAGCUGGUGAAGGCAUUGAUUUUUUCGACAUGGAAAGAAAUUUUAUGGACAACUUUAUUCUCCAUUGUAUGCACAUUGGCUUCUUAUGUUGGGCCAUACCUUAUUAAAGCUUUUGUUCAAUAUCUCAAUAGCCCUCACCAACUGAAAUAUAAAGGUUAUACAUUAGUGAUUAUUUUCUUUCUUUCUAAGCUCAUAAAGUGCAUCUCAGAAAGGCAGUUGUUCUUUCAAUUACGAAAGAUGUCAAUCAGGCUCCGUGCUGCCUUAUCUGCAAUAAUCUAUAAGAAGGGUCUCAAGCUUUCAAAUCAAUCAAAGCAGGGACACACUAGUGGUGAGAACACUAAUUUGAUAAGUGUUGAUGUUGAGAGGACUUGCCUUUUCAGUUGGUACUUACAUGAUAUAUGGAGGGUCCCUGUUCAAGUUGUUCUAGCAUUGUUGAUCUUGUACAACAAUCUUGGAUUUGCUUCUUUUGUAGCAAUUUUUGCCACAUUGUUUUUAAUGUUAGUAAAUAUCCCAAUGGGAAAACUACAGGAGAAAUUUCAAGGAGAACUAAUGGAUUCAAAGGAUCGAAGGAUGAAAGUCACAACUGAGGCUCUAAGGAAUAUGAGGAUUCUCAAGCUCCAAGGUUGGGAGAUGAAGUUCUUGGCUAAGAUAAUUGAACUCAGAAACUUUGAAGUAAGAUGGAUAAAAAAGUUACUUUAUACAAUAGCUAUGACUUCUUUUGUCUUCUUGUCUGCUCCCAUGUUUGUAUCUAUGGUUACCUUUGGGUUCUGUGUAUUUAUGGGAAUUCCACUAGAGUCAGGGAAUGUUCUAUCUUCACUUGCUACAUUUGAUAUAUUGCAAGAGCCCAUUUAUAAUCUCCCAGACUUAAUCUCUAUGGUGGUUCAAACUAAAGUUUCCCUCUGCAGGAUAACUUCAUUCCUCUGUCUUGAUGAUCUUCAACCGAAUAUAGUACAAAAGCUUCUCAAAGAUAGUUCUGAGGUUGCAGUUGAGAUAGUCAAGGGAAAUUUUUCUUGGGACAUUUAUUCCUCCAAUCUCACGUUAAAAGAUAUUAAUUUCCAAUUGUACUGUGGUAUGAGAGUAGCUGUUUGUGGAUCUGUUGGGUCAGGUAAAUCAACACUACUUUCAUGUAUAUUGGGGGAAGUGCCGAAGGUAUCUGGAGCCAUUAAGUUGAAUGGGACAAAGGCCUAUGUUGCACAAUCACCUUGGAUACAGAGUGGCAAGAUAAUAGACAAUAUAUUGUUUGGUAAGGAAAUGGACAAGAAAAGGUAUGAGAUGAUCCUUGAAGCAUGUUCAUUAAAGAAGGACCUAGAAUUGUUUGCUUUUGGGGAUCAGACUAUUAUAGGGGAUAGGGGGAUUAACCUAAGUGGUGGACAAAAGCAAAGAAUUCAGAUUGCACGUGCCUUGUACCACGAUGCAGAUAUUUAUCUACUUGAUGAUCCUUUCAGUGCUGUGGAUGCUCACACAGGAUCUCAUCUAUAUAAGGAGUGUUUGCUAGGAAUUUUGGGUUCAAAAACAGUAAUUUAUGUUACCCACCAAGUAGAGUUUUUACUUUCUGCCGAUCUUAUCUUGGUUAUGAGAGAUGGAAAGAUUACUCAAACAGGAAAGUACGAAGAAAUUCUUAGUUCAGGAAAUGACUUGAUGGAGUUAGUAGGUGCACAUAAGAAAGCUUUAGCAGACCUUAAUUAUGUUGAAUGUGAAAUUACUUUGGAUAAUUUAACUAACAGUGAGGAAGAUGGUAAUAUAAUAUGUAGUGAGAAGUCUAUUCAAAAUGAUGAGGAAAAGGAACCCAAAAACUAUAAUACAGAAAAAUUGGUUGGGUCAGAAGGGCAGCUUGUCCAAGAAGAAAAGAGAGAAAAUGGUGGAGUUCGUCUUUCAGUCUAUUGGAAGUAUUUUACCGCUGCAUAUAAAGGGGCUUUCGUACCACUGAUAUUGCUGGUACAAAUUUUCUUCCAGCUUUUCCAAAUAGUUGGUAGUUAUUGGAUGGUGUUGUCUACUCCCAGUUCAGAGGAUGCAAGACCUCACAUUAGAGCAUCUACUCUAAUAUUUGUUUAUGUUGCUUUGUUCUUUGGAAGCUCACUUUGUGUAUUUAUAAGGUCCAUGCUCACUAUAACUAGUGGAUACAAGGCGGCCACUCUUUUUUUCAACAAAAUGCAUUUGUGCAUUUUCCGUGCUCCUAUGUCAUUUUUUGAUUCUACUCCAAGUGGAAGGAUUUUAAAUCGGGCAUCCAUAGAUCAAAGUGUAGUUGAUACUUCCAUUCCUCAUCAAAUUGAAGAGCUUUUUGCCUCAAUCGUAGAAUUAUUGGGAACUGCUAUAGUAAUGUCACAAGUCACAUGGCAAAUGUUAAUAGUUUUUAUUCCAAUGACUGUAACAUGUAUCUCGUACCAGCGAUACUACAAAUCUGCAGUACGAGAACUAUCACGACUAAAUGGAGUAUGUCAAGCUCCAAUUAUACAACACUUUUCUGAAUCUAGUUUAGGUUCAACCACAAUCAGGUGCUUUGAUCAAGAAGAAAGGUUUAUGGAUACAAACCUCAAGCUAGUCGAAGAAUAUUCUCGACCUAGAUUUCAUUUCUCUGGUGCAGUGGAGUGGUUAUGCUUCCGCAUGGAUAUGCUAGCAUCUAUCACAUACGCCGUCUUUUUGGUUUUCUUCAUUUCAAUGCCAAAGGGAGUUCUUAGUCCUGGUGUCGUGGGUUUAGCAGUCACAUCUGGGCUUCGUUUUAGUUUGCACGCGGUUAUAUGGGAUCUUAGCAUUCUUGAGAAUAACAUGAUAUCCGUUGAGAGAAUAUUGCAGUAUGCAUGCAUCCCUAGUGAGCCUCUUUUGUUGGUGGAAGAAAAUAGGCCAAGUUGUGAAUGGCCAUCACAAGGAAAAAUUGAAAUUUUUGAUCUACAGGUCCGAUAUGCCCCGCACCUUCCUUUUGUCUUGCAAGAUGUCACAUGCACUUUUCCUGGAGGGAUGAAGAUUGGAAUUGUUGGGCGAACGGGAAGUGGUAAAUCAACUUUGGCACACACUCUCUUUCGCAUGUUGGAACCUACAUUUGGUCAAAUUUGGAUAGAUGGUAUCAACAUUUUCCAGAUUGGCCUUCACGACUUGCGGUCAAGGUUAAGCAUCAUCCCACAAGACCCAACAAUGUUUGAAGGGACUUUAAGAAGCAAUCUUGACCCACUUGAGGAGUACACUGAUGAACAAAUUUGGGAGGUUUUAGACAAAUGUCAACUUGGUGAUAAAGUUAGAAAGAACGAAAGGAAGCUUGAUUCUGCAGUGACUGAAAAUGGAGAGAAUUGGAGCAUGGGUCAAAGGCAAUUAGUCUGUUUGGGUCGGGUAUUACUCAAAAGGAGCAAAGUAUUAAUACUUGAUGAAGCUACUGCAUCAGUGGAUACUGCAACUGACUAUUUAAUUCAGCAAACACUUAGGCAACACUUCUCAGGGUCUACUGUCAUCACAAUCUCACAUAGGAUAACAUCAAUUCUUGAUAUUGAUAUGGUCCUCCUUCUCGAUAAUGGCCUUGUACUCGAAUAUGAUUCUCCAGCCAAAUUGCUAGAUAUCAAAUCCUCGUCAUUUGCAAAGCUUGUUAAGGAGUAUACUCGAAGAUGUAGUUCCUAGUUUUUUAAAGGCUAAUCACUGACUUUUGAAUGUUCAUAUGGAAGCAUGUUGCAUUACUUUGAGUGCAUUGUUGUUUUGAGUAUGAAAAAAGAAGUGAAAAGACAGAAGAAUAGCUUUCGAGGCUACCUGUAAUUAU